AGGAAAACGACAGACGUCUGCUAUCAAACGUCACAGUAGAUAUGUGCAUAAAAGAAUUAGCUAGUUGCUGAGCCCACCAAAGGACACUGCUGGCACUGAUCGCCCUCACCCCUAAUCGAACUGUUGCUGCUGUCUUCUCGCCAAACGUGGACGAAAAGAUAAAAGGGAUAAGAAAUUAGAUUUUACAUAGAUGUAUGAUACAAAACAGCAAAGAAUUGCAUUCACACUCUGAAAUGACCGGCGACGCCCAACAAGGUGGAAAUUCAGAAGAACCUGUGAAUUCCAACGAGAUUGCUUGCGAUGACAGCGGAUUGCGGCAUCUUAGCAUUGAGAACAACCUAUUAAGCGAUCACCACCAGCCGGCGACAGUCCGAGGGCCAACACCGACCUCAGCCUACAUAAGGGCAACAGAAAAACUCAAACAACAUCACAAGAAUUCGUUGAAGUUUGUCCUUGGCCUUGAUGACGAUGAAGAGUCGCCAAACCCUGACGCCUUGAGAGAGGCCCUUGCCAUUACGAACAAUUACAGAAGUUUGAGAGAUGAGUUUGGAGUGAAUAAAGCUGACGCUAUAGAGAAGUACCAACCAAGAAACGCUACAUUUAGCAUCAAAGUCAGUCUGUGGAAGAAGAAACUCUUCCUCAUUGCUGAAGGACUGAAUCCGGUGGAGACGGAAAUUUUCAAAAGGAAGUUAAGCGAAAAUGACGUUAUGGAUGGGUCUGAGCAGCUAGAAAUCUUUUUUGAACAUCUGCUGAAGAACAACAUUGCGAAACUGAAUGAAAACCAGGUUAAAAUCAUUUUGCUUGAUAUGAAAAGACAUGACCUGGAGAAGUUGUUAGAGAAAAGUGUUACCAUGCGCUCGGGCCUGUGCAUCAUCAUCAACCAAAAAUUGUACACCAAGGGAAGCCCAAAACCUCGCAUUGGCACCGAUUUGGAUAGGGACAGACUGGUUGAAACCUUCACAAGAAUUGGAUUUGACGUUGUAGUUGAAAACAAUCUGAAGUUUUCGAAGGUUAAUGAAACGUUGAAGGAAAUUCUCAAUGAUUACCUAAAACCAGUCAUUCACAAGUGUUUGGUGGUUUGCAUUUUGGCCCAUGGUAUUAAAGAUCAAUUCAUCUGUGUUGAUCAAGAUGACAGAGAGGGCUACCCUUUGGAAAGACUUAUAACUGUACUUAAUCUGGAAGACAAAAAUCAUCUCGCAAAGAUACCCAAAAUUUACUUCAUCCAAGCAUGCCAAGGAAGCAUCAAUCUAACAGAUAAAGAGCCCUUCGAGGUUAUUCGUAAAACGAAAAUCGCCUCUGAUGCUCCAAUUGAAUUAAAUCGCUGCAAUAAUGCUACGGGCAUCAGGAACAUUUGCAUUUUACAAUCUGCUGUGCCUGGAACGACUUCCCUCAGACACGAAAAGAAGGGAACAUUCUUUGUACAGGGCUUGUGCUCUGCUAUUUUGAUGAAAAAUCCUUGCAGACUAGAGAGUCUGUACAACGAUAUUCAUGACAUUUUGAAAACAGCACUGGCCAAUGAAGACGCAAGUAAGUCGAUGGCAAUGGUUCCGAUGUGCACGUCCACCAUGAUAGACAAGGUCAUUUUCCAAACCAGCGAAAGCAAACUCAAAGAGUCUGUCAAGAUGAGACUGACUAGGGUCCUUGUCAACCUUUAUGAAAGGGAAAUAGCAAAGAUGAUGAUUGCCAAAGCACUUGGAAAUGUUGCUUAGGAUAACUACUUUAUUCACAAUUUACAUCGUUGAUCGGUUUGAUAUAUUGUGUUAGGCGGCACGCAAAAAACAUUUUCGGAUUGAACAAUAAUUUUACUAAGAGACUAAUCUCUGUGAUUUUUUAUUAUUAGCGUCAUGCUAAGACUAUUUACAAAAUUGUAUCCUUUAAAAGGAAUGGGGCAUUAGAUAAGUGCUUUAAUGAGGGUACCCUGAAAUGACUCUGUCUUAAUAUGCAAUUGUUUGCCUCGUAAAUGUUAAUUUUAACUAUCAACCCAAAAUUUUCAACCUAGCCUAGGUUUUGAGUUACGGACUGGACAAAUGCUUUGGUAAGAAGAAGUUUUUUCAAUCAUGAUGAUGUUUAGUAAAUAUAUUCUUGGUGACGUGAUGAAUCGAUUGAUGGGUCAUUUUUUUACUUUCAAAUUCUUGAAGAUCUUACAAUAAUUGCAACUUUAGAUGCCACUAACGUAUAUUUUUAAUAUCAAUUCACAUUUUACUCUUAAAGUGUGUAAAAUUUGCUGUAGUUUGUUCAUCUUAAAAAUUUUAUUAUUGAAUGAUAAAGGAUAAACGGUAUUUAACGAUAAUAAAGUUUAAAAUAAUUUGUUUUUAUAAUAGUUUAUAUACUUUUGAUAAACCCUUUAAAUAUUUCUUAAUUUUAUUGUUUGAAAGUCUCCAUAAUUUUUUUGUUGCGGAGCCUUAAAUUUCAUUCAUGCGCAAAAACGGGAAUUUGGCAAAAUUUAUAAAAAGCUACGUAUCAAUCGAUUUGUCUCAUUAAGGAAAUUUAACCUAAUUUUGACAUGAUUAAAUAUAAAUUGCCCCUUUUAUAGUGAACCCCAUAAGACGUCAGACUGAAGUUCGGCUUUGUAACUUAGAAAUGAAGCUAGAGUGGAAAUUUUUAGUGAUAAUUAUUUCUCAAUUUCAUAUUUGAGGCAAAACUAAAGCGGAACAAACCAAGGUGCCCUUGUAAAAAAACAUAGUUAGACGUACAUGCUACAUUUAUUUUUGUAGUUAAGAAAGUACAAAAAAUUGCUAGUUAUUAUGAACAAUGAUCACAUUACAAAAGUUGAUUAUAACACCGACGACUUGUAAAAAUUUGUCACGCUUAAAUGCUACCGUUUCCACAAAGUACGUAUAAUCUCGAAAUGCAAAAUUUGUACAUGGAUUAUGGCUGUUUUGGCAGUGAAAAUGCUGCUGUUUGACUUAAUAAAAAAUCAACACUUGGUAACAGCUGACGUUACACAAACAAAA